AUGCCUGUUUCAGACAGUAAUGGCUCAUCGAACCCAGUGGACUCUGUGACCAUGUUUACAAUCAGCAGAAUGCAGGCAAUUCCAAUCCAGCCCUUCAACGCUUCUGGAACAAAUGGAACUUUCUACCUUACAAUUACAGAGGAGUCCAGGCUCACUAGUCUACUUAGUGACUCUAAUUUUCUAGAAGGGGAUCAGGCGAAGGAUGGACUUCGGUGGGCAGCACUACUGAUUUUAUUGUUGAUCAUACCCACUAUUGGAGGCAACAUACUUGUUAUUUUGGCAGUUUCUCUCGAGAAAAAACUUCAAAAUGCCACCAACUACUUCCUCAUGUCACUUGCAGUAGCAGACAUGUUAGUUGGACUUCUGGUGAUGCCCAUCGCUCUCCUAAACAUUCUGUUCAAUUCUGAAUGGCUUUUACCCUCCAAGAUAUGUCCUAUCUGGAUCUUCCUGGACGUUCUUUUAUCCACAGCUUCAAUUAUGCAUUUGUGUGCCAUCUCACUAGACCGUUAUAUUGCUAUUAAAAAACCAAUUCAGCACAGUCGCUUCAAUUCCAGGGCAAAGGUUCUCAUUAAGAUAACCGUAGUAUGGUUCAUCUCAAUUGGCAUUGCUAUUCCCAUCCCCAUCAAAGGCCUCCAGAAUGAAACAAACACCUUCAUAAACAAAACUUGCUUACUUAAAAUUGACGUAUUCAAAAAUUUCAUCAUCUUUGGAUCAAUGGCUGCAUUCUUCAUUCCCCUUGCUAUCAUGAUAGUUAUCAACUUCUUGACAAUUCAAGUGCUGAGAAAGAAAGCACAUCUAAUCAAAGCCAAAACACCCCAACAUUUUAACUGGGCUACUGUCUCAACUAUUUUUCAGCAAGACCCUACGCCCACCAAAUCUUCUGAGAAGGUGGCAAUGCUCAAUGGUUCACAAAAGGACAAGGCAUUUCCCUGCAGACUUGAGGAUAUACCCAUCAGAAGACUCUCCACCUUGGGUAAAAAGUCCAUGCAGAGCAUCAGCAAUGAGCAGCGAGCAUCCAAGGUUUUAGGAAUAGUAUUCUUCCUAUUUUUGGUGAUGUGGUGCCCAUUUUUUGUAACAAAUGUCACUUCUGCCAUCUGCAAGAGCUGCGAUCAGGAACUUCUUGAAACACUGAUGGAAGUUUUUGUCUGGGUGGGCUACGUCUCCUCAGGGGUCAACCCACUUGUCUACACUCUUUUCAACAAAUCAUUUCGUGAGGCAUUUAGCUGCUACAUUACAUGUAAAUACAUUAGAAAUAAGGAUGUUAAAAUGCUCAGAAAGUUUUCCAGUCGGAUAUCAUUUGGAACGUCAAUCAAUGAAAACUCCAAAUUAUUCAUGAGGCAUAAUACAAAAAGUGGACGUAACCCAAUGUAUACUAGUCCCCUGCGGCUACGAUCUGCCCCUGUCCAAACAGCAUCAGUAAUGCUAGACACAUUAUUACUCGCUGAAAAUGAGAUGGACAAAGCAGAAGAGACAGUUAGCUAUGUGUAA